GUGAUGCGCCAACCAGCACCGCCUCCAUCCAUCACCCAGCGCCACCACUACUCCUCCUACCUCCAGUGCCUACAUCCACCACACCAGCCGCUCCCUCACGCGCCGCAUCAGACACUCCGGCGCGAGUGUCUGGUCACCCGCGUGAGUGCGCCACCCAACUCCUUCGCCUCGGAUCCAUCUCGCAGACCACCAGUGUGCCACCACCAUCGCCAACUCCCUCUUCCUUCUUCUGCUCUCUGCCUGCUGCUGCUUCUUCUUCCCACGCCCCUGCUGCUGCUUGCUCUCUAAUCUCUGCUACUACUUCUCCUUCCCUCCGCUGCUUGCUGCUUCUCCCUCUUCUUCAACCUACUGCUGCUUGCCCUCAACCCUCUCUGCUGCUUCUCUCACCCGGAUGCCACUGCUGCUACCUGUUCCUAAGCUCGCCUGCUGCUGCUGCUGUUCUUCUUCUUAUCUCCAAGUCACUGUUGCUCUCCUUCCCACGCCCAAGUUGCUGCUCCUCUCUCUUGCAACACCUAUUGCUGUUCUUCUUCUUCUCCUAACCUGCUGUUCUUCUUCUUCUCCUAACCUUGCUGCUGUACUUUUCUGAACCAUCUUGCUACUGUUAUUCCCUCUCUUGAUCUCAAAUUUCUGUAAUUUUGAGAAGUUUAUUGUUCAGUACUUUGUAAUAUUCAGCAUUGAGAUGUUUAGUACAAGUAAUAUUCAAAUUUGAUAAAAGCUUGCAACCUGACAAUUGUUCAGUUUCGUACUUGUAAAAUAUAGUGCAUUUUAUUAUGUGCUCUGACUAGUUAAUGUCCAGUUGUUUGGAUAAUACUUAGUAUGUGUGAUAUGCUCUGUGAUAUAGUAAUUUUCUAGUAUAUGUGUGUGUGAUCCCCUAUGUGUAUUUUUCUUGACAUCUACUGUAACCUGUCUGUACUAGUAACUUUGCUAUAGUCUAAUUGAUGUUCAGUUGUUAGUCUUUGUGCUAGCUAUGUACCAGUGGCAUUUAUGCUUGUGAUUUUCCAGUGAACUUGUUUAAUUUCAGUUCAUAUGUGUUAGCUCAAGUACCUUUGCUAUAUAAAUAUAUGUGUGUGUGCUUGUGAUUUAAAUAAUCUGUUUUCUGUCCAGUAAUUUUGUUUCUUCCCUCUUUCAUACGCUUGCUAGAUAUAUAUGGUCAUGUCUUUUGACUUCCCUUGUCACUGAUGUUAGCCUUUCAGUUUCUAUAAUAAUAUGAAAAUACCAAAAAGACAAAGUGAAGAUAAUCUUCAUCCCCCUUUGUUUCUGUGUCAUUUCUUUUGUUGAUAUCCUUGUUAGUGUUAGGUUUAUUUUCUGUUUUCAUCAUUCAAUUGGGUCACCUAGCUUUAGUCGAACGUAGUUGCCGUCGCCUAGUCCCUGUGGAGAACACGACAUCCGUAGCUUUGGGCGUAAAAACCCCACUAUACUUUCAAUUGAUCAUUUUGGCGCCGUUGCCGGGGACUAGCGUCGAGUGACCGUGUUAGGCUAUAGACUAGGUUUAUUUUAGUUCCGUGUUUAAUUCGUCGUGUAUUUCAUUUUCUGUGUUUCUUUUAUAUUUUUUUCCUUGCUGUUGCUUCGGCUUAUUAGGAUACUAACAUUCUGACUAGUAUUUACUGUUUAUGAGUGUGCGUAGGAAAUCUGAACUAUUUACAGGUUGAUUGAUAGUUACACUUGGUGGAGAUAUGGCGAUUCUUCGUGAUGUUUGGAUGCCAAGCAGCCAAUGCUAUUUCACAGGGCCACUUUGGCCGUCUUUUGAGGCGGAAAAUUUUGAGCUAAAGCCUGGUCUUAUUGCUUUGGUUCAACAUCAUCAGUUUGGAGGGUUGCCUAAUGAAGAUCCUUAUGAGCACUUGCUCCGAGUCAUGGAGUAUUCAGAUACAGUAAAGUACCAUGGAGUUCCUCAAGAUGCUAUCAAGUGCAUGCUGUUCACAUUCUCUCUCCGAGAUGAUGCUCGUGCUUGGUAUCGAUCCUUGCCAUCAAGAUCAUUCGGUUGGAAUGAGAUAUCACGAGCUUUCUUGGAUAAAUAUUUCCCACUACACAAGCAGUCCGCAAUUCGAGAUGAAAUCUUCAAUUUCGUUCAGCGUGAAGGCAAGAGCUUGUAUGAUGCUUUGGAGAGAUACAUAGCCUUAUUCAGGAGAUGUCCUAAUCAUGGGCUCGAGAGAUGGUUAGAGCUGCAGAUAUUUUAUAGAGGAUUGACUUUGGACACUCGAGCUUACGUCGAUAUGGCAGCGGGUGGAGCUAUUACAAACAAGACACUUGAUGAAGCUUUUCUGCUGAUUGAGAGCAUAGCUUUCCACCAACUUCAGUGGUACAAUAAGAAGCCCACGUCUGAUUCAUUGGUUUGCUUGCAACAAAUCACUACACCUCAGCCACCAAUUCUUACACAGAAGCCUGAACCUCUAUCUCAGUGUGACAAGAUUGAGCUUGCAUGGAUUAUCUUUGACGAUGAUGACACCAUUCUAGUUGACACACACGCUACAGAUCAUAUGGAUACUAGUGUUGGAGAUUCAGUUUUGCAUUGUGAUGAUUCUUCCAUGGAUGAGCCAGAGCUGCAGUUAGUUGUUUUUGAUAUUGAGGAGUCACCUUUAGUUGAUAUUGAUCAUGUGCUGCUAGAGCCAGACAUGGAGAAGUUCACCUUCGAUGAUGUUAGCCGCAUUGCUUCCUCAACACUUGAGCCUGAGAUGGAGAGCUUCAUGGUUGAGUAUGGUGAGGUGGAUUCAGAUGUCAAGGAGCCAAGCUCUACUAUUUCACUUGUUGACACGAGUCCGGUUGAAAUUUCUACUACCACACCUCACUUGGUAUCUUCAAUUGAGGUAGUCCUGAAGCUUCUUCCUAACUAUCUCAGAGGGCAUUCUCUCUGUCACUGUAUUGGCUUGGUUGUUGAGUGUUCUUUCAGGUUGAUGCUUGUGUACCAUUUACUGCGAGUUAACCGAGUUCGAGAUGACAUUCCCUGGGAUCCUGGUGGAUUCACGGCAUGGUGAUGAGGAGAAGCAAUGGGCACACGCGAAGAAGAGUGAAGCUGGAGCAGGCAUGGGGAUAGAGAAGCAAAAAGAGAAGAGCUGCAGUUUAGAGAGCGUUGAGCGAGUGCUACUUCCUAUAUAAACCCGGUGAGCUGUUUCAUGUCCCCAGUCUGAAUAUAUCAUCCAUUGAUACAUGCUGAAAUCAAUUGCUAUUUGGGUUGCUUGAGCCAUUUCUUAAACGUUGUCCCACUGAAUUUUACCUUUGACAUAUGGUGCUUGAUGUGAAUAUGUAAACCGAUUUGUGGAUGCCUUGUAAACUAGUGAUCUACAUACUGCUUGCUUUGCUGAAAUUAGUGAAAGUUAUUAGUUUUGAGUGCUCAAAUCCCUAGUACACUAGAAAACUUCAUCAUUUUCUGCAUUCACUUUGAUACACCUAGAUCAUCAAUUGUUAGAUGCUGAUUUUGUGCCAAGUGUGUUCCCCUUCAGAGCAAUCAUUCACCACUAUGGACUAGCAUACUAUGUUCCCUGGAUCGGUAGUAUGUGAACCAGACCUGGAUGAGUGAUGAUUCUUGUUUCCUUUUUGUAUUCAUUUGUUAAAAAGGUAAUAAUGAAUAAAUAAGUCUGACUACCUACAGUAGCAUGUCAUGUUCCCUGGAUCGGUGGCAUGUGAAAUCGGGUUAGCUUGGGCAGUAAUUAAUAAUAAAAAUGUAAUUGUCGAACCAGAUGUAUACCAUGUUCUCGGGAUCGGUGGUAUGUUCCUUUGGAGAGACAAACAAAAAAAACUAAUAAUUGGUCAAGCCAGGUGUAUACCAUGUUCUCGGGAUCGGUGGUAUGUUCUUUUGGUGAGAUCAAUAAAAUAUUAUCAUUACUUCCUUCAAAUUCAAUAAGUGCUUCAACCAUAAUGUUAUGUUCCGGGUAAUAAGUUUUUUUUGGGAUCAUGCUCUCUUUAGGAACCCUUUGGCACAAUCAGCAUUUGAACUUGUUGAUCCACUUUUAUCUUUGUAAAAGUUUAAAAUGAUUGAGUUUACUAGUGUCCUAUUGAUAUGUAGCACUGUUAACCAUUAAUUUUCACUAGCCAAGUCCAAAGCAUGCACUGUUUAGAGAUCUACUUCACUUGACAUUUUCUAGUCAGUUCACUGUUCAUGUUCUUGCUCUUGUCAUAUGCCUUUGCUUGAGGACAAGCAAAGAUUUAAGUGUGGGGGAACUUGAUAAGUAUAUUUCACAUUUAUAAUUUUGGUACUCAAAUGUAGCAUCUAUCGUGUUAUAUUCGUCCAUUCUUGCCAUGAUUGAUUGAAUAUUGCUUGAUAAUCAUAAAAAAGGAUCAUUUACUAGUCUUUUGGUCUAUCUUGCAGAAAUGUGCGCAAAGGCACCAAUAAUCGUCAAGAUUCUGUCUAGGUGGUUAUCGAGAAGAGUGAAGAAAAGAAGAGAAGGAAGAAGAGACUUGUGUGAGAUGAAAAGAAGUAACCAGGGGGCUAGCUAAAGAAGUGAGAGGACCUUCUUGUGAAGAAAGAAGAGAAGGAGGAGGGCUAAUGUGUAAAGUUUGCAGAUCAGGGAGGGGAUCAAAAUCCCUAGAUCGCCUCCAUUCCCCAUCGGGCCUGGCACAUCUCAUCUCUCUCCCUCUUCCCUUCUUCUCCACCACCGGCCGCCGCCACGGCCAGGCCGGCGUGGUGGUGCGCCAACCAGCACCGCCUCCAUCCAUCACCCAGCGCCAACCAGCACCGCCUCCAUCCAUCACCCAACGCCACCACUACUCCUCCUACCUCCAGUGCCUACAUCCACCACACCAGCCGCUCCCUCACGCGCCGCAUCAGACACUCCGGCGCGAGUGUCUGGUCACCCGCGUGAGUGCGCCACCCAACUCCUUCGCCUCGGAUCCAUCUCGCAGACCACCAGUGUGCCACCACCAUCGCCAACUCCCUCUUCCUUCUUCUGCUCUCUGCCUGCUGCUGCUUCUUCUUCCCACGCCCCUGCUGCUGCUUGCUCUCUCAAUCUCUGCUACUACUUCUCCUUCCCUCCGCUGCUUGCUGCUUCUCCCUCUUCUUCAACCUACUGCUGCUUGCCCUCAACCCUCUCUGCUGCUUCUCUCACCCGGAUGCCACUGCUGCUACCUGUUCCUAAGCUCGCCUGCUGCUGCUGCUGUUCUUCUUCUUAUCUCCAAGUCACUGCUGAUCUCCUUCCCACGCCCAAGUUGCUGCUCCUCUCUCUUGCAACACCUAUUGCUGUUCUUCUUCUUCUCCUAACCUGCUGUUCUUCUUCUUCUCCUAACCUUGCUGCUGUACUUUUCUGAACCAUCUUGCUACUGUUAUUCCCUCUCUUGAUCUCAAAUUUCUGUAAUUUUGAGAAGUUUAUUGUUCAGUACUUUGUAAUAUUCAGCAUUGAGAUGUUUAGUACAAGUAAUAUUCAAAUUUGAUAAAAGCUUGCAACCUGACAAUUGUUCAGUUUCGUACUUGUAAAAUAUAGUGCAUUUUAUUAUGUGCUCUGACUAGUUAAUGUCCAGUUGUUUGGAUAAUACUUAGUAUGUGUGAUAUGCUCUGUGAUAUAGUAAUUUUCUAGUAUAUGUGUGUGUGAUCCCCUAUGUGUAUUUUUCUUGACAUCUACUGUAACCUGUCUGUACUAGUAACUUUGCUAUAGUCUAAUUGAUGUUCAGUUGUUAGUCUUUGUGCUAGCUA